AUGCAGAGACUCCGACAGUACACGCUCUAUCAUACAAUCCGCUUGUUGUCAAAAGCGGAUCCCCUGAAGUAUCUACUCGACAGCCCAUCCUCUAUGAGGAACAUUGCAAAGUGGUGCCGUCAGCUGACGGAGUACAACAUCGAGUACGUGCCUCGCACGUCAGUCAAGGGGCAGGCUAUUACAGACCAUUUGGCGGAAUUUCCGAUUGAGGACGACGCGCUGGUCAAUCCCGAUUUUCUGGACGAAGGGGUCCUCCAAGUGGACGAGGAGGAGGAUGGAAUCGCGUGGAAAAUGUACUUCGACGGCGUCGUAAAUUCCACCGGCUCUGGUUUCAGCGCAGUACUGAUAUCUCAAAACGGGCGUUAUUAUCCAAUUGCGGCGAAAAUUGAUUUCCCCUGCACCAACAACGUGGCCAAAUACAAGGCAUGCAUCCUCGCCCUGCAGGCAGCGAUCGAUUUCAAGGUAAAGGAGUUGGAGGUUUUCGGGGAUUCGAUGCUCCCAAUCUUCCAGACACUAGGACAAUGGAAGACGAAAGACGCGAAGCUGGUGCCAUACCACGAGUACCUCGAGGAGUUGGCGGAGAACUUCAAGAAAAUCUCGUUCACAUAUACGCCGCAAAUCAAGAAUCAGUUCGCAGACGCACUCGCAACACUCGCAUCGAUGGUGAGCAUCACAAAAGAAAAUCUCAUCGAGCCACUCGAAAUCGAGAUUACCAAAGGUUCUGCUCAUUGCGACGCAAUCGAGGUGACCGAUAAACGGCCAUGGUACGAGGACAUCAAGGAAUGUUUGCGAACCGGCCAAUACUCGGCAUUCGCCAAUCGUCGGGACCGAAAAGCACUCCGGCGACUCGCAGUGCAUUACUUCCUAACUGGAGAGACUCUCUAUCUCCGUUCCUUCGACGCCACGCUACUCCGGUGUGUAGACGAAAAUGAGGCACGACGCCUCAUGGGAGAGAUACACGAAGGGAGCUACGGACCCCACAUGAGCGGGCUCAUGCUCACCAAGAAACUCAUGCACUUGGGUUACUUCUGGUCCACCAUGGAGGCCGAUUGCGCCAAACACGUCAGAACCUGCCACUUAUGCCAAGUCUAUGCCGACCAGAUCAAAGUGCCCCCUAACGAGCUACUCCCAAUGGCAGCCCCAUGA